AUGGAUUUACUUGCCAUAUUUAAUAGAGACAACGCUACUAUCAAUAUUGAAGAUACUAAUACACGGAUUGGUCAGAAAGUAAGAAACUCUGAUUUUAAUUUUAUUGCUGUUGUUGUUUCGGUUUAAAAGAUUAUUUUUGCCAAAAGCUUUUCCAAGCCAUCCAAGCCCAAGGCCUUCUUGACCAUGCACUUUAAAUAAAACUGCAAAUGAACUGUGCCUGUGGAUACACAAUAACGAAGAGUUUUAAUUAAUAUUUUUAAUGCUACAUUGUCAUGAAUAUUACAUUUAAAAAGCAUUUUACUCGAAUAUUACUUUUAAAGCAUUUUACUCGAUGAUUUUUGAGCUGUACCUAUAUUUUAUUUAUUUUUUAUAUUCCUUAAAUAGUUUAUGACGAGACCAAGUACUGUUGUAACUACGGAAAGAUCACUUAGAUCAGCACCUCAAGAAAAGUAAGACUCUAUUAUUCAAUAUAUUUGUGUACUUUAUUUCAUAUCAUAGUAAUUUGGUUUUUGGGAUAGGACAGGUUUUGGAUAGGUUUUUAAAACCUCGUUUAAAAUUAGGAUGACCAUGCAUGUUGACGGCAACUUUUACUCACAAAAAACUUAUUUUGGUUCAUUUCUCGGUGCUUUUGGUGUUUUGUUAGAACUGAGGUGCUAGUUCAAAUUUAUUUUAGACUUAAUUAUCAUUUUUUCUCGAAAUUCUGUUUGCUAAAAUAAAAUUUGAAAAGAACAGUUGUGAUUUUGAAAAAAGAACAGAGUUUCGUUACCAUGACAACGUGCAGCAUAACAUCGUCGCCGAAGGUGAAAUUCUUUCUAAUCAUAUUUUAAAUCCAGGAAUCAUUGGAAAAAGGGUUUUUGUACAUUUCUAUAGCUUUUUUUCUUUUCUUUAUUAUUAUAGCUAUAUACAGUAUUAAAUUUGAACUCAGAUUAAAAUAAACUAGUCUUCAAUUUUUCGUCGACACGUUGCGAUUAUAUUUUUCAGUAAAAGUGUAAUUGAGUGAAAUACAUACGUUUCUUUCUGACUAUUUUUACAGUUGAAAAUCUAGUGUUUGCACAAGCCUGCAAGCGACUAAAAUAUUUUUUAAACAUAUAGUUUAAUUGAUACAUUGAUUAAAGGCUCGUUCAAGCUAGUCACACACCGUCCACUACGGUUUGUCCAACAACACCAAUUGGAUCAACUUUAUAUAGUAAAGUCAAACCUGAUAGUCCAGUAUCUUCGACUUACUCAAACGGGCCUUUAAGAAUAAAUAACGCUGACAAUAUAAAUUAGUUUAUCAAAAUGUAUCCGUAAUUUUUUGCAGUUUCUCAUCGCGAAAGCGAGCCCUGUCUUCCGAUGAAACAUCACAACCUCCAACCAAACGCGUAAGUAAAGUACAGUGUAUAUGUAUUUCUGGUAUAAUUUUAAAACAUCUGAGGCCUAUACUUUGUCUUUGAGCUCAAAGGAAUUUGCCUAUCCAGCGUUUAUUUGUUAGAAACAACUUCUUAUUAUAACAGCAAAUUUAGUUUCUUGUGACAUUUUCCGAAUAAUCUUUUAAUUCGGAUCAUUUUUUCGCUAUCCCGGCUCUUCACUUCAGGUAUUCAUUUAAAUUAAUACUGUUUAAAACUAGUAAUUGUUAAAAUACAACUUUAUUUACCAACCUGGAAGCAAUUGGCUGGUAGUUUUUUUGUUCUAUACUCUUAUUCGGGCCUAAUAAUAUGUAGUUUUAAUUCUGCAAAACUCUUUUAGUUUUCGUAACGCCAUCUUGUUUUCGCUAUACUCACAGUGGAUGACUAUACCGUAUAUUAUAAAAGAUAGACAUAUUAUUACGUGAUCUGUAGUGGCCACUGACAUAAUUUUAUACUGUAAAUCUUCUAUUGAGCCCAUUUAUCUAAUAAACUACCUUUUCAAAUCUCCAUCUCUAUACUUCCCCAUUCUCCCCCACGUCCCUCACAACAAAGAAACGUGUGUGGCUGAAUUGACUAUUAACAGGCAAUUCCAGCUUUUAAUUUAUGCGUGCAGGGGGGAUGGGAAGUAAGGUAUCAUAUUGCUGAUUAUGCUGAAAAAAUAAAAAUGAGUGAUAGCUUAUACUUGUAAAUAUUGAAAUAUUUCGGUUGUUUCGGCAGUUUUUUUUGAAAUUUUUCAGCAUGAUCAUCAAUAUGAUACCUUACUUCCCGUCACCCCCGCGCGCAAAAAUUAAAAGCUGGAAUUGCCUAUUGCAUGCCAUGUGACUUCACGUUAGUUUACUCCGCUUCGAAAAUCUUGCGUUUCGGCUUUAUUGACAAGGCCCCCUCUCCAGUAAGCCCCCACCUGAAACAUUCUUGAAAUAAAUAAUUUAACACUAACUUUCUAUUUUGUAAGCGCAAUCUACCUACCAUAUUGGACUAUAGGCAUAUAGCUGUUGUUUUAUACUGAUUUUCAUUCACCAAAAAAUAGAAUAAUUUUUUGCCGGACAAUGCAUGUAAAAGGUUUAUUUGCUUAUUUAUUUUAUUAUAGUUAAAUACAGUUUUAGCGGGUGAAACACCAGUAAUCAACUGCAGAAGGUAUAGUGAGAUAACAAAUAUACAAUUUAUGUAGUAAGGUGGUUCUGCGUUUGUUAACUUCGAUACAUAUUAAAAUGUUUUCUAAGGUUUCAACCCUAAUUUUUAACGAUUGAAAUAGAAUUCAUUCUAUUUAUUUUAGCAACUUAAAUUUAAUGCUAUAUUAAAACCAAUGCGAAGUACCAGCUAUAACCAUAGAAAACUAUUGGUCAAUGCAAAAACCGUGAUAUUGUUACUAUUAAAUGUAGCUUAAAGGGAUAUGGCACUAAAAAUUCAGUUUGUCUCAUACGAAAGAACUUUUAGAAUUGUUUGGAAAACAAUUUACAGCAGUACAGCUACUUCAAAUAUCUUGACCCAAAUAUAAAUAAUAUUUUACCCUGGGUCCAGUUGUUUAAAGGUGGGUUAGCUUAAUCCUAUAUUUAUCUAAAAUUCAAAGCAAACUUCCUGACAGCUUGUUUAUAAAUUUGGAAAUAUUUCUUUAAAAAUCUUGCCUGGAUCAGUACUUCAGUAGGAGUUUUCUUCUCAGGAGGUCCGAAUAAACAGACGUGCAGAAAUAUGUCAACAAAAACAGCGGCCGGCUUAAAUUUUAACCGAGGGCACAGAAUAAAGAUCAGUACCAGAAGGGCCACUCAGCGGUGCAACGUGUCGCCAUUUUUCUAUGCAAAAAUAUGCAGUUGACUGGCCAGAAGGCGGGGCCUUCAGCCAAUACAGCGCGUUCAUUGGCCAGAAAAUGUAAUCGACUGGCUAGGAAGAUGGCGGCCAGGGGGCCCUUCUGUGUGCCUUAUUCUGUGCCGAGGGUCAGCGCUAAUCUAGCUUUGAACAACCAGCCCCUGGUAUGCAAUUGUCAUUCAGCGAGUCCGAAAUUAUACUUCCGUCACUACGUUAAAUAACAAAUUGACUGACAAUUUAAGCAUCUACGUAAGAGUUAAUUACCUGGAAAUAUUUUAUAUGACUUUAACCCUGCUUUUGAAGCUAAAAACCACCCUUAAUGAGACCAAGAACCAAUUCAAGAUGGCGGACAGCAAAUUGUUUUCGGUCAAAAUAUUUCACAAGGACUAAGCAAGAUAUGAAAAAUAUAAUUUGAAGAGUUCUGUCAAACGAGACCAAACUUAAUUUGUAUUGCCAUAUCUCUUUAAAGGGAUCGAUAAUAAUGCUUCACGCUUUUUCAAUGAAAUCUUUUUAAUCCCAAACAAUGUCUACGAAACAGAAACUGACAGAAACUGUAUUAAAAUCAUGCAGGACAUGAACUCAAUCUCGACAUAUCACUAGCAAUAGGAAUUACAAUAUUUUGACCACAGAAAAUAGUUGUAGAUUAGUUAGUAAAUAAUUUCUCAAAUAUUUUGUUAGUGACGUCAUUCCUGCAGUGUCACGUGGGUUAGCAACCGUCGAGGCCUGCAAUCAGGCCACGUUGCAGAAACCACGUGAUGUA